CUGAAGCACGCGCUCACUGCAUGUUUAACAGAGAAACUGGGCGGAAAGGGAAAGACUUCAGCAAAUUACUCCAACACUAUAAAUAAUUAUUGGAUUUUCAGGUAAUCCGUUUACUGGGUUAUUUUAAGGAAUAAAUAUUGCUGUGCCACAAAAUAUCUCUGGAAGGAACACAGGUGCUGUCACGUGACAUCAGAUACCCGACUAUAACGGAAAACGGAAACUCCGACAGUGGAGUGCAAAAGAGCAACACUUUCUAAGAGUUUUGUUUAUUUAGGUUUUGUUUUCUGUAGUUUUCCUUCCCGUGUCACGAAUGUCCCAGAGAAAGACUCACAGAUUGACUCUGACAGGGACAGACAGGGAACUAACAGCCAAUCAGCAGCAUCUGACAUGAACAUGGAGACAACAGAUAAUGAACCUAAGAAGCCAGAUCAUUCCAGUGGUUCAAGGGACAGACAGGAACUCAAGAACCAAUCAGCAACAUUUGAUGAUGCAGCAGAUUAUGAAUAUAAGCAACCAGAUCAUUCCAUUGGUUCAAGACAGGGACUCCGCCAAUCAACAAGAGGGCAGUCUUACAUGAGCAUGGAGACAACAGAUAAUGAAUCUAUGGACCAGUGGCCCAAUUUUAGGAAAGAAGAUCGUUCCUAUGGUUCAAGGGAAAAAGAAAUGAGGAUACAAAAGAAACAAGAAGAAGGAGUGGAGAAGAAAAACAUGUCUGAUAAGUUAAAGGAAAUGACACAGAAGAAAAGAAGACUUGAGAGAUGGUUAGAGGAGGCCAGUGAAAAGAAAUCUCAAAGAGAACUGCAACUUGAGAGAUUGUUAGAGGAGGCCAGUGAAAAGAAAUCUCAAAGAGAACUGCAACUUGAGAGACUGUUAGAGGAGGCCAGUGAAAAGAAAUCUCAAAGAGAACUGCAACUUGAGAGACUGUUAGAGGAGGCCAGUGAAAAGAAAUCUCAAAGAGAACUGCAACUUGAGAGACUGUUAGAGGAGGCAAACCAUAUGAACAGGAAAUUAAAGAACAACAUUUAUUCUCUCAUUUGGCUGACCUCCAUGCUGGUUCUGGUUCCACUGGGUAUUGGAUUACACUUCGGUUUCAAAGAACAUGAGGUGAAUCAUCCUGAGCUUCGACUGAUGUUAGUGGGGAAAACUGGAGCAGGAAAGAGUGCAUCAGGAAACACCAUCCUGCGUGAAGAGGCCUUCAGAGUCGAGGCGUCUCCUGCAUCUGUGACCGCAAACUGUAAAGUGAAGAACAAAAUCCUGGAUGGAAAAAACAUCACCAUAAUUGACACUCCUGGUGUCAUGGACACGUGGUUAAUAUCGGACCAAAAGGCCCACGAUGCACAUGAUUGUAUCUCCAUGUUUUCUCCCAAACCACAUGUGUUCCUGCUGGUUAUCAGACUGGGAAGAUUCACGGGGGAGGAAAACAACGCUGUGAAGUGGGUUCAGGAGAACUUUGGAGAAGAAGCUCUGAAUUUCACCAUGAUUCUGUUCACUGGUGGAGAUCUGCUGGAAGGGAAGCCAGUGGAGAAGUUUAUCAGUAAUAGUUAUGAUCUCCAGAAUCUUGUAGACACCUGCAAAGGUAGAUAUCAUGUUUUUAACAACUAUGAUCAAAGUAACCACACACAAGUCACAGAGUUGUUGGAAAAGAUCAAUGUAAUGCUACACUUGAACAUGGGUUACUUUUACACACAAGAGCGGAGUGACUAUAAGAGCAAAGAGAUAGAAAUCAGACAGGAAGAGGAAUUUAAGAGAAAAACUAUGGAAGAAGAAAUGCAAAUGGAGGAGAGGAGGGAGAUAAAUGAGAUGGCAAUGAAACUGAGAGACGAGCAGCACAAGAACAAAAAUAUGAAGGCAGAGUUAGAAGAUGCAUAUCAGACAUCUUUCUGGUUCAAAGUCUCAACUGGCUUGCUCAUACUAACACUGAUCAUUGUGGUUUGUACAAAGAGAUAAACUAGCACUAGAAUUGGGGGAUUUUCACAACAAAUCAGGCCAGGGCUUAAAAUGACAUUUUUUGUUAUCUUUAAAACUAACAGCAAAUUGAAGUUCAGAUCCAGGUCUUCUGAUUUUUUUAAAUAUCUUAUUCAUGUUCUUACUUAGAAUAGUCUUACAAAUUAUAAUAAUGAUUCACAGUAUACAAAAUUUGUGUAAAGUUUUGACAGUUGUGUUAGAGUGCUGUUAGCAUUUGUGGCUAAAAUUAAAACAUUUGAUCAUAAAUACACUAUAAAUGCACUGUAAAUCAAAAUAUCAGAGCUGAUGCACAUAAUAUCUGAAAUAUUAAUAUAUAUAUCUGACAUAUCUGAAACUAUUAAUUCGUACAAAUUACAAAAUUGUUCAGUCAGUUCCAGAUUAAUUGGUACCCAUUAAAAGACAAGACAAAAAUGCUAAAUGUUACAAGCAAUGAGGCAGUGAGAGCUGUGUUAGAGAAGCCUCUGUACAGAGACCACAGGGCAGACCCAGGAGCUGCUGGAGAUAUUAGAUUUCACAGAUGGACUCUCAAGUUGUGCAAAAGAAAACCCUAUCAUCCAGAGACAGCAAGUCUCCUUGUCCAAGUCUCCAAAUCCUGACAAUUCCACAGCAAAAACAGGCCAUACUCUCAGGGAUGCUCUCUCUCCCCUAUCAGUCACAGCAACAACAUCCAAUCAAAAUUAUGUCUGAAAUCAUGUAUGAAAUCUGUGAAGGCAUGUAUGCAGAAUAUGGGUGUAUAGCACUUAGAAUAUGUUUGCAUUUAUUCAUUUAGCAGAUUGUUUUAUCCACAGUGUCUUACAAAUGGGUAAAUACAAGCUAAGCCAUAUAUCAAGCAGAGGACAAUACAAAUAGUGUAACCAUACCAGAUUUUUAACUGAGAGCUAGAGGAGCAAAGUGUAAUGUGUAAGAGCUACUGUAGGUACAUGCAGGGUUGUUUGUUUGUUUGUUUGUUUGUUUGUUUGUUUGUUUGUUCCCUUUGGCACUUUACCCAACACUACAAGGGGCAUCCUGGGUCCUCUUACCCGUUUUCCAAACUUACGGACCACAAUUAAAGGGCAACAGUAUGUUCCCCUAAUGAGUAAUCUAUCGUGAUCUGAGUAUAGAUCAGAUAAGCGGUACAGACAAUGAAAAAAAGAUUUGAGGUUAAACAAAAUGCUUAAACAUAAUAUUGUGUUUCCGUGUGUAAAAAAAAAUUAAAAAAAUAAAAAAUCAGCGGUGGACAGUAAAGAAGUACAUUUACUUGAGUACUGUACUUAAGUACACUUUUUGAGUAUCUGUACUUUACUUGAGUAUUAUUUUUUCUGGAUACUUUUUACUUUAACUUCACUACAUUUGAAAGACAAAUACUCUACUUUUACUCCACUACAUUUCUUUCCAGGUCAUUGAGUAGAAAGUAGUUACAUUAAUCAUAGGAUGGAUUUUUUUCACUCUUGUAGCGUCACGUGUUGUAAAGUUCAGUGGUUUUCCAUAAUUUUUUUUAACUCAAUUUCUCAAUUGAUCAGUUGCUGACAAAAUGGAUGAAGAUAUGAUUUGUAUAUUAUACACCACCAACGCAUUGGUAAUGAUGUUAGUUAACACACAAAAACGUAUGCUGUGUCCAAAUCCUCAUACGAUGUGUCCUAAAUAGUAUUCAAAAAUAGAAUUAGUAUGCCCCAAAUCGUAGUAUACUGAAAAGAGUAUUCCAAAAAUUCCUGGAUGGUCUACUACUUCCUGUAGAAAUUCAAAGUGCAGAACAAUGCACACUCUAAUGGGUAAUAUUGCCCACAACGCAUUGCACACAGGAGGGAGGAACCUGGACAGUGGUGUAAAUGCAUAUUAAAACGGUGUAAAUGAAUUGUGGAAAUAUAUAUAACUCUUUGUUAAAGCAGUGUUGCUGUUGGGUGGUUGUACAGCUACAGUUGUGUAGCUGGGUUUUA